CGCGGAUUUGCGUCAUAGCGACUUGAACGAACGUACUGAUGUACGCUUGACAGCCGCUACUGUGGUAAAUCUCUCAGGGCGGUGGACAUGUCCAGGCCUGCGAGGGCUCUACCUGGUACUCUCCGCUCGCUGCAGCUCAGCAUUCUCGUUGCAAGCCGGCCUACUGUCUGUCGAGCUUGCUCAGCUCCAUCUAGUCCCUUGACGGCCUGUUCGCGGCUUGACAGUCCUCGCUGGCUGUCUCUGAGUGCUAUCAGAUCGACAGGCUCGCCCAGCUAUAUCUCUGCAGCGCCUCCAGGCUCUUCGAACGGAAGCUCAUCGAGUAGCAACGCAUCUAGCUCCUCAUCUACUAAGCGACCGCCGCCCCCGCCGGAGCGACGGAAGGCGAUCGAUAUAGCUCUCAUCAGCUUAGGUGUCGUUGCACUGUCCAGUGUCAUCUAUCUCGGACAACAGCGCUACGCCUCGUCCAAAGCAACAAGUCCAUCGGCGCUGGCCGCUGCUGCAUCGAGUUCCACGUCCCCGACGAGGAGCAGUCAGCUCUUCACUGUCCCUCUGCAAGGCGAGACAGGCGAUAAGAGUGGCAGUGGGACGACGACGGCUACAAAAGCGACAAGCAAAACGCUCGCAAUGCUGUCUGCCGAGGAGACCGAUCGACGCCUGGCCGAACACGCCCAGUCAUUCUCUGUGGGCAGAGCGGGAAACCCUCUGUACAGAUACGAUACGAGUUUCUUAGCAAGCAAUGAUCCGAUCGAAGACGACUCUUGCUCCGUCAUACUAUCACGCGAUGCUUCGAGCAAAAAGACGGGCGAUCUCAUGCUGUUUGCCGUGUUCGAUGGUCACUCCGGCUGGCAAACGUCAAAGUAUCUCAGCGAACACCUGCUUGCUUACGUCGGCCGCGAACUGAACGCCGUCUUUGCGGGCGAAGAAGAAUAUGCCAAAGUGAGACUAGCAAGCCUGGCAAGCUCCUCGUCUAUAGCGUCCGAUGGUAGCAAGGGCAACGAUGAGAAGGGCAAGAUGGACCGCGUAUGGUCUUUCGUGACGGGGAGUAAUAGCAAGACAGCUCAAGACACGUUCCAGCUGGACGAGCUGGACUCGGAUCCAAAUGUCACAAAAGAAGCUCUGAGGAAUGCUUUCCGGCGGUUGGACAGCGACAUUGUCAACGCGCCUAUCAAGCUACUCGAAAGCACUUCUGGCAAGGGCAAGCUGAACACGACUGCCCAAGCGGAAGCGUUACAGACGCUCUUGCCCGCCCUGUCUGGCUCUUGUGCCCUCCUUGCCUUUGUCGACACGGCCAAUAACCGACUGCAGCUUGCUGUCGCAGGUGAUUCUCGCGCCGUCAUGGGUACAUCAGUCGGGAAAGGCGUCUGGAAAGCGGAAGUUCUCACUGAGGACCAGACGGGCAAGAACCCUAAAGAGGUCAAACGAAUGCAAGCUGAACACCCUGCGAGCGAGCGAGACAGCGUCAUCAUGCGGGGACGCGUACUCGGCGGUCUGGAACCAACACGUGCAAUGGGUGACUCGCGAUACAAGUGGCCAGUGGGAAUGCAAGAGAAGCUGCUCGAUGCCUUCUACCCCGGUCAGGGUCGAUACGUGCCCCGCAAUUAUCUCACACCGCCCUAUGUGACGGCUGAUCCUGUCGUGUCGACGUUCGAUCUCCCUGCCAAGCCGAGCAAGGGCUCGACCCGCAGGUUUGUCGUGAUGGCCACAGACGGAUUGUGGGAUCAGCUCAGCAACGAAGAGGUCGUCGGACUCGUGGGCGCAUAUUUAGACGGCGAGCGAAGACCACAGACGCAAUCAGCAGUCGUGAAGAAAGUCAGGCUGUCUGAUACGGGCAUCAUCUCGCCUCAUGUGCCUCGUCAGACGCCUCAGAGGGGCGCCGGGCCGAGCUAUGUUUUCGAGGACGCGAACAUUGCGACUCAUCUGAUACGCAACGCGCUCGGAGGCGCCAAUUCAUCUACGCUACAGGCUCUGAUGUCUAUACCCGCUCCUAUAAGCAGAAGAUAUCGAGAUGACAUUACUGUGACUGUACUCUUGUUCGGCGCAGAAGAUGACCAGGUCGUCGAAGGCGUGCGCAAGAACUAUCCCAGAUCGAAGCUAUAGUGGUUGAUGCAUGCUCUAUAUGCUGAUCUAGCUUGCCGCGCUAGUGUAGACGAGAUCUGAGCCCUCGAGCAUCGUGCGGAAAGUGACGCUAAUUCUCAAGGCGCGACUGACGGUGAUGCAAAGGCCAUUUGCGUCGAGGUAUGUGUCUUGUUCGCGGUAUGCGAUGCCAUGCAGCCAGUUGUAGCGCGCGUCGCCUCUCAGUAGGUAUAGAUCGCCUGCUUCGAGCAGAACGCAAUGAGUCUGCGAGCGGUGCGCAAAGUCCAUGACACAGGCGCCGCCGAGUGAGAGUCCGAUGAUACCGUCUGCAUAGCGAUGUGGCAGAUCGACAUGAGGAGUGAUGCCUUCGCCUGGCCGGUACAGGUUGACGAUGAUCUGAUGUCGCGGCAAAGAAGAUGCCGGCGGAAGGUAGUGCUCGAUGUCGG